GGUGGAGUCGAGGGAGGGAUGGGGGUCGCAGGUGGAUGAGUUCUUCUCGUGGUCCCAACAGUGACUUGAGACAACCCAGAGCCGACUAAGGAAGAAAUUCAGUUUUGGUUGGGACUAAGAGGAGAAAGAAGUUUAUGGUGUGAAUUUUGAGAAGAGCAAGUGAAAUGACUUGAAUCCUUUCCACAGUAAAAAUGUGCAUCUUAAGGAAGACUCACAUUUAAAAGAUGAUGACACUUCAGCUCGCUUCCAACUAAGUAAUUGAAAAGAAUUCUAGAUGCUAAAAUGUGAAAGCCAUUUUUGCCACACUCUGGAAUGGAUCGAAACAAAAGAAAUUCGAUAGCUGGCUUGCCAUCAAGGAAUGAGCGACCAGAGGAUUUUGAUGGCAAUAGAGAAGGUGGCAUUGCUCAAUCAGGGACAGGGUUUCCAUCAACCUACAGAGCCCUGAGUAGUGCUGUAUCCAGACUUACUAGACUUGACGAUUUCACCUGUGAAAAAAUAGGAUCUGGAUUUUUCUCUGAAGUUUACAAGGUGCGGCACAGAACAUCAGGCCAAAUAAUGGCACUUAAGAUGAACAAACAGACUAGCAACAGAGCAAAUAUGUUGCGGGAAGUACAAUUAAUGAAUCGUCUUUCUCAUCCCAACAUUCUCAGGUUUAUGGGAGUUUGUGUUCAUGAAGGCCAACUGCAUGCCUUAACUGAGUAUAUUAAUAGAGGCAACCUUGAACAAUUAUUGGACAGCAGUGAUCAUCUCUCCUGGCGCGUUAGAGUCAAAAUAGCACAUGAUCUUGCCUGUGGACUCAGCUACCUGCACUCAAAGGGUGUCUUUCAUCGGGAUUUGACUUCUAAGAACUGUUUAAUUAAGAUGGAAGAGAAUGGGUACACAGGAGUUUUGGGUGACUUUGGACUGGCAGAGAAAAUCCCUGAUAAUGCAAGUGUAGAAAAGUUGUCAGUGGUUGGAUCACCUUUUUGGAUGGCUCCAGAGGUACUUCAUAGUGAGCAUUAUAAUGAAAAGGCAGAUGUGUUUUCGUACGGCAUUAUUCUAUGUGAAAUUAUUGCCAGAGUACAAGCUGAUCCUGACUAUCUACCUCGGACAGUGAACUUUGGAUUAGACUAUGAUGCAUUUCAGAACAUGGUUGGGGACUGUCCACCUAGCUUUCUUCAGCUUGCCUUCAACUGUUGCAAUAUGGAUCCAAAGCUUCGUCCAUCCUUUCCAGAAAUAGUGAAAAUGAUAGAAGAGAUAAUGCCACAAUUAGAAGAAGAAGAUCAAGAGAAUUGUGCACACAGUGAAGAAGGUAGAGAAACCAAGCCAAUUAAUCUUCAAAAAAAUGCAGGAGAGAAAGGACUGGCAAUAAAAAGGUGCAGUCCCCUUAGACUUCCAGGUGAUAAGGUUCCUCCCAAAUCUCCUCGACCUCGUCGAAAUAUAUGGCUUUCUCGUAGUCAGUCAGACUUCUUCACACGAAAAGGGAGUCGGAAGAUUAAUGUCCAAGAUCCUUACUAUACCCCAUGCAAAGGAACAUCACGCAAGGUUAACCCCUUCGAUGCCAGGCAGGAUCUGAAAGGUGGAAAGAUCAAAUUCGUGGACACACCAAGUAAAUCAGUAAUAUCACUUGCAUUUGACCUGCCAUCACCUGAUGCUGCAAAGUACCCAGUCACUUCAACAUCCCAGGUGAAACAGUGCUGCAUUGGUGAUUUUCAGGAAUCUUUACUCUCUGAGAGACAAUAUAGGUCCCUUCCGGCUUCUCCUGAUCUUUCAACAAAAGAAUGUCACAGUUUUGGGCCCUUUUCAUUAAAGCUUGGUAAAUGUGACCCUAUGCAGAUAGAAACAGAUGUGCGGCAAAAAGUGUCAAGCAAUUCCUUGUACUCUGAGUUAGAAAUUCCACCAUUUAAGUUCAAACCACAGACAUGGGAAUCUGAAUCAUUAGAACAGUUUGAUAUGGAGUGUUCAGCAAGUGAAUGCCCGCAGGAUGAAAAUGAAUCAUGUGCAAAGAACAGGAAACUAUUAAAGCUAAAAACCAAUGAAAGUAUGAUUGUCCUUGGACAAGAAAAUUUGAAUUGUAGUAAUAUAACUGGAGAUGAUGGACCAAAUUUAGAUGGUGCAUCAUUCAGCCAUUGGAAUAGCUUAGUUUCUGGUGAAGAAAUGGAGGAACAGGAAAUGCAGAGGCACCUGUCUAAGUUAGCGAUACCAGAACCCAAGUCAUCUUUCCAUGUAAAUACAGUUCUGAAACGAGAUGAAGUGGACCCAAGUGACUCUGUUUUUCCACCUGAAGCUUCUGACAUGGAAGGGCAUCCAUCUGUAGUACUGACUCCAUGCAUGACCUCAAAUCCAUGUCAUCUUCAGUCAAAAUGUGACAUUUGAAAGGCAUGCAUGUAUUAACAUUGUUCAGAAAUGCUUCAUACAACAGCUAUUUCUGCAUAAUAAAAAUGUUAUUUUAUUUUGUCAGAAAAGGUAUGUAUAUGACAGACUCGAAUUCCAAAGCUGGGUGCUGGUACCAUAGACAUCAGUCUGUUCUGAUCAAUUACUUGGCUUAAUAUGUGAUGAUAGGCCAGUAUUAUAAGUUAUCUCAUUCGAGUAGACUUUGGAUCCUCUGCCAGUUAAUUUGAACCUUUGACAGUAGUUUUAUGUCUAAGUCUAUCCACACUCCUUUUUUUUAAUAUCAGUAUGAGCACAUAAGCAGUAUAUCCAUUUGCAAC